AUGGCGCAGGCAGCCUGUCCUGUUCGCAAUGAUUUUAGUUAUACCUGGGCAAGGAAUGCUUAUGGACGCGAUCCUUGUGCCGUUGCUACAAGUCUGAGGAUGAUAUGCAAUCCAGCAGAUGCUAUGCGUCCAUUCUGGUCGGACCAAUAUAACCCUCCGACCAGGCAGAGUCAAAAUGCUUGCACUUGCUCAACCGUGGUGUACGCGCUUGUGUCUGCGUGUUCUGAUUGUCAAAUCAGCGGAUCCUGGCACACCGGCGACUGGAAUUUUUACUCAGCCAACUGCCAGAAUAAGUAUCAAGGAUUUUUCAAUCCAGGUUUGAUCCCAGCGGAAGCUACCCCUCCCGACUGGGCCUAUUUCGAUGUUUCUAAACAAUCAAGCUUCGAUCGUGGCCGUGCCCAGGCUAGCGCCGCCGCCAAUCCUCCCGCGACACCUGUCACGACCCCAGCACCCCAGCAGACCCAGCAGACCCAGCAGACGCAACAAACACAACAACCUCAGCAACCCGACCAAACCCGGACGACUACGGACGACACAAAUACUUCCCAACCUGCCGACCCGACUGCAACUUCGCUCCCUUCAGAUACCUCUACACAAUCUUUAACCCCCACUAUCACAAGCAAUAGCGCAUCGACCACCAUUGCAAGCACUGAUCUCUCCGCUAUUUCGGCGGCGUCCGUUGCAAGUGUCGCCUCCCUUCGAUCACUACUUGGUGCCGACUAUUCCGCGGAUCCCUUACUGCAAGGCGGCUCAUCGCCCACCAACGGAAUUGCCAAUAACCCCGAUGCCACUGGGGCCACUACCUCUGAUGCACUCGCGGAGAAGAAGAGCAACACUGGAGCUAUUGCAGGAGGUGUUGUUGGCGCUCUCCUUUUCCUUGCUCUUCUUGUCGGUGGCUUCUUCUGGUGGAUAGCACGCCGUCGCCGUGCUCGCAUCGCCCCGUCUGCUGCCUACAUUGCAAGCUACGGUUCCGAUCGCUCCGGCACGAGCAUGAGCCAACGGCCUUUUGCUGAACGAUCCAAUACCAACUUAUUCUCAGAACGUUACAGCGAUGCCCCAGAGAUGCGUGAUAGCACCCAUUCCGGUAAUACUGGACCUCGACCUGGUUAUGGCCGAGAUAGUCCAGUCGUUCAACGGUCGUAUGCAUAG